GCGUAGUCUUUGCAUUGCCUUAAGCCGCUUUCUUGCAAAAAAAAGUUUUUCAAGCUUCAUUGCUAGUCCGCGUUUAAAAAGAAAGAAGAGGAAAAUUCUAGAGCCUACGGAUAUAAUGGAUCUUUCGCCAGACACGGAUGCUGCUGUUAGUCCUAUCGGAGCAGAUAGCUUACCCAAUGAAAUAUGGCUGCAAGUUUUCGAUAAUUUAUCGCAUGGCGACUUAUUGCAGAUUACUUUAGUAUGCAAACGAUGGCUUCAACUGGUUAACAGAUAUAAACUACAACGCGGUUCGAAAUUGGUCAUUACCAAGCGAAAUCUGAAGAAGAUUUGCGAUGCUCUAGAGUCCACGCAAUUUAAAUGUAAGAAGGUUGAAGUAUCUAACCCAUGGAGCGAGUUCAAUAGCGUUGAAUGCCAAUUUUUAUCAAGGAUUUUCAAAUACAUAGGAUCCGAAGUUGUUCACGUAAAACUGCAUCGAGUCUCAACUCUUACAGUGCUGAACAACCUUUUGCCAAAGUUAAGAGAGUUGGAUUUGUCAGAUAGCUGGCCGGAUACACGAGCGAUGGUGGAUCUGAAAAGCUUUUCACAACUUACGACGUUAUUGAUUCCCGAUUUUUUUACGAUACAAUCCCAAUUAUUGGCAAGCCUGACUCAAAUGCCGAACGUUCGCUUACAACAAUUGAGCAUAAGAAUUGAGAGCUCCGCUGGUGAUUGGUUGGACGUGCUAGCAAAGCAUGCAACCUCGUUGCGUUGGCUCAAGCUCGGCACCGUAUGGUUAGAUGCUUGGGCAAGUGCACGUCUGAAAUUUCAACAUCGAUUGCGAGAAAUCUUUAGAACGUUUACACAACUGGAGGUAUUGGAUAUAGGGACUAUUUCCACGAGGUACAAAAGGCUUGUUUUAGAAAAUAUUUGUGAAACAAAUCGUCUCAAGAGAAUAGUUUUAAGCGACAAUAGUGCCGAUGCGUUAGAAGUAAUUGUACGAAAAUGGUCUGGCAGCUUAGAAUAUUUGGAGAUAAAGCGUUAUAGGGAAACAGAAAACGAUGCCAAACAACUGAACCUCAUGAGCGGUAAAUUGCGCAGUUUGACAAUGUAUGACACUAAUGGUUUAGCAGAUGAACGUCUGCUUUAUAGUAUAGCCCCAAAAAGCAAUGCAAAGUUAACUGAAUUAAAAUUGUCCCAUGCGCAACUAACUAGGGAAAGUUUUUGCCAUCUGACUCAACGUCUACCCAACUUGGUCGUACUUGAUUUUAGAGAACUUCAGUCAACAAUAGCAGACGAAGAAAUGAUAAACAUAUUUCGAUAUCUCACACGUUUGCGGCAACUUUUCCUGCGACCAUGCGUCAGCCAGAACGAUAUUAAAUACCUCUGCUCAGAAUAUAAUAUUAGCAAUUUAAGAAGUCUUCAAACGCUUAGGUCUUGUUUUUGUCCCAUCAAGGUUCUCCAAGUCUUAAAUUUAACGCAUACAUUUAAUGAAUUAACCAAACUUCACUUAUAUUCUUGUCCACGAAUCGAAAAACUUUCUUCUCCAACAUUUAUAGAUAUUGACGCACGUUUUCCAGCUCUUCAAAAAUUGCGUUUUUACGGCUUGCAUUGCCGCAGCAGUAAUCAACAAUUGCGUAAGAUUUGUCCCCGUUUACAGAAAAUAGCCACUGACACAAUACUGGUAAAAGUAUAAGCAAAUUAAAAAAAAUAUGCAAAGUGUUUUCGUUGUAUGACAAUAA